UGGAGAUCGCUACAUGAUGGUGCACCUUUCAAAGGACUCUACAAUUCAUUCUUAUCAUAACUGUCAUUUUCUGUGGUCAGUCCUGAUAUUGUAGUUCACACGUUUUCUGUUCACUAAUAUUGCUGAUGAGAAUAUUAAAGCUAUGCUUUAUACACAAAUUUUAAAGGGCAAUAUUACUGCACACUGAGACUCUCUGAUGAAUAAAUUAUGGAACAAAAUGUUUUUUCUUUUUUCAAAUCAGCAAAGAUAAAUUGUUUUUCACUGAUAUGUACAGUAUCUCAUAGGAAAAUGAAAUAAUGGCAUCACAGUAUGAAAGAAUUCAUUCAUGGCGGAACUGUGACAGAGUGGGUGGUAUAAGAAAGGAGGUGCAGUGUCACGUUAUCAGUUAUUUGCACAUUUCAACAAAUUGCGUGUGUGUGUGUCUUCUUCAAAAACUGUCAAAACUUAUGCCUCAAGCGAUAUUAUUAUAAUACAGCGUAAACAAGUGGGUUUUUUUCAAUAUAUUCUUCAAGAAUGUGUCCAUACCUUCUUGUGGGCAUGCUUUUGGCGUCACGCUACUACAGCGAAGAAGACAGUAAGAUAUUGGGACGUCCAGAGUUGUUUGGCCCUUCAGUGGCUGUCGUGAAUGACGUUGUGGACUUUAAUUGUGAAUUGUUGAUUCACCCAAAGAAUGAAACAAUCCUGCUGGAGUUGUUCAAGGAGGGAAAUCGCCACAAGUUGCUGGGGUUCAACACUGCCCAUGUUACAUCAUUCUCCAUUUUUAUCAGUACUUUUCAUGAGGGCAACCUGGAGUGCGUGGCCAGAGCACAGAACAAUUCUCAACUGAAGCCCGCUGUCAGCCAUACACAUAACCUCAAGGUCAUCGAACCAGUUGCAGGUGCAGAGGUCAUCAUUCAAUCCGGUUCAAGUGAGUUAUUUGAGGGGAGCACUCUGGAGCUGCGUUGCACUCUUACAGCUGGAAACCAUGUUUCUUACAAGUGGCUUGUAAACGGUCGGCCUGUCUCGCAAUCACAACUUCACGAUGUUACAAAUGACCAGCUUUUCAUUUAUAGAAUCACUUCUGCAGACACUGGAUCAUAUAUGUGUAUUGCUACGAACCACUACAACACAACAAGAGUCUUCACAUCAAACAGCUCAGAUGUGGAAAUCACAGUCAAAGAGACGGUGUCCAAACCUGACAUUUCUUUCAACGUGUCAAAGGAGGAUUUCCACAAGUAUUUUGCUGUAGUCACCUGCCAGUCAACCAGGGGGACACUGCCCAUCGCCUUUUCGCUCCACAACAGGACAGAACUUGCUUUCAGUAUGACAGUUAAUGAGAGAAAAGCAAUCUUCAAGGUUCCAUUGGUUUUGGACAAACACUUGGGAUGGCUCCGGUGCCAAGCCAAUAAUGGCAAUGAGGAUGCAUUCAGUCAGUGGUUGCCUUUACUAGUUGAACGUGUUAGUGGGCCAGUAAAGGUGCACUAUGACUAUGACAUUGGAAAAAACUAUGCUGUAAAUGGCCUGAGAUUCUACUGCAAGGCAACGAAGGGAUCUCAUCCGCGGUACCGGUGGUUCCUCAACCAAACUCUUCUCCGAGGUCGAGGAAGCUUUUACUACACGGUCGAUCAGCCACCAGACCAGUCCAUCCUCCUGCUGUCUGUAGGGAGGAGCAGUGCAGGGACGUACCAUUGCGAAGUGUCUGAUAUCUUUGAUAACGCCACUGCCAUCAGCAGUAACAAACAAUAUAUCGACAAAAAGGCGCUCAAUCGUCUCCCUGGUUCUGUGGUGGCUUUUGUCUUUGGAUGCUUCACUUUCUUGCUUCUCCUGGUCUCUGCUUGUUGUCUCGAUGGAGUUUUCAAAUUUCUUUCAGGGACAAGGAAGAAUGGAGAAAAUGCCACAUUGAGCCAAGAGAUGGAGACAUUUGAUGCAUUAGAGGAUGAGCUGGAAAUUUCUGAGUAUCACGAGGAUGAUGAUGUGGUGAAGUCAGCAAGAUGUGAUGGACUUAAUUGGGUAGGAAGCAUGAACCCUUUGAAAUUACAUGGAUUGGUGCAUCAAUUGCUCAUAUGUCCUCCAAUUGAAAUCACAAAAAUUUUAAAAUAUGUGCCACAUAAACAAUCAUGUAUGUUUUCAUAUUUUUAAUUGCACACACCAUCCAAACAAUAUCAGUGGAGAGUUAAAAAAAUAAAAUAAAGUAUGUGAACCCUUAGUCUAGGAGCAUCUUCAAGAGCUAAAAGGAGUCAAGAGGCAGCUACCCAACACUCCAAAGAAUCUAACAGGAUUGGAGGUGUUGGUUAAAGAUGCCCAGUAAAAAAACACGCUUUAAAACUUUUUUUUAAAUUAUCUGCUACAAAGGAAGAUUCAUCAAUUUGAACCAUGCCUCGUAUAAAAGAACAAAGCCCUGAUGUGCACGGUGGCAGAGAAUGAUUGCUACUUUCACUAGCCUCACUCUGGAAACAUUACUGCAAAAAUAAACUGGAAAAUUCUCAGUGAGGUAAAGAAAAUCGGGAAACAUGUCUUUUCACAAAUCUAUGAUCAGUGAAAUAUUAAGAAGGCAUUUUUGGAGGACAACAUGAGCCACUCCUGUUUGGAAAAAAAAAAAAAAGAACAUUUCUCCAGGUUGAAAGUUAACAAAUGGGUAUUCCAUUGCGCCACUGGUAAAGUUGAAACUAAAAUUGACUUGUUUGGAAGGAACAAUCCAACUUUCCUCCUCACCAUUGUGCAGGUCUACUCUCCAACUGCAGAAAAUGUUUGGUUAUCGUUAUUCCUGCCAAAAUUAAGAUCAAUCAAUUAUUAAAUCUAAAGGUUCGAAUAUUUUUCUUUCUCCCUGUACUGUGAUCUUUACAUGUUGUUCUCAAUAAAGUGAGCACACAUUCAGAUGCAUGAGUUUAAGAAAAUUUUAUUUGUCUCAUGUUGUGACUCAACUAUACAUGAAGAGCAGAUGACAUUCAAUGACCAAUUUAUGCAGAAAUUAGUCCAGUAAUUUCAAAUGAUUCAUAAACUCUUUCUGGCAACUAUAAAUGUCACCAGUAUGUUUCUUCUGGCGUCUUUUAUUUACUGAGUGUGUGUUGUUGUCAGCUAUAAAGGAACCUUUCAAGAUGAUGGCAUGUAUGUUGUUGAACCAGCUGAUGAGGCCUGAGGGAUCAAACUGCGGUUUUUGUCCCACCGCCCACCACUACACUCCCUUUUUCCCCCCCCUGAAACAAUAUACAGUAGUCAAUUAACUGUAACUUACUCACUUAACCGCCUAGUCAGUCAAGUUGUGGUGGGAAACUGUGGAACAGUAUGAGUGAGGAGUUAAAGCAAUGCCCUGCCAUAUCCAAUUUAUAUGAAAUAAAAAAUAUUCUGUACAAAGGUUAUGGGUAUGGAGGACAGGCGAUAGAGAUAUACAGCAUUAAUUGUGUAUAUUGGAAAGCACAUUUAUGUAUGUGGUGUUUAUUUGUGAUAUAUGUGUACAGUAGCUAUAUUUGUACAAAGUAUGUAUGUAUGUAUGCAUUUCAGAUAAUUCGUCUUUAUGGAUAUAUCAUUGGAAUGGAAUGGCGAAAAUAAAAAAAUAUACUGUAUAUAAUUUUUUAAAUAAGAAAACUUGCAGUCUGAGUUUUGUCCUAUCGUGAUGAUUGAAAGAGCA